UUGAACCUUACAGUACGUGAUAGCUAUUAUACGCAUAACUUUGAGCGUAUGAUAUCACUAUUUUUCCUGCAUGCGAGAAAGAACGAAAGAGCAGCUUAAAAAUAGUGUUUGAUUAUCGUACAUGAGCGUUUGGGUUCUGUAUGUGUGCGUGUGAGUAACGUACAUGAGCACGAGGUCCGAUUAUGCGUUAGGUAAAUGUAAACUACGUUCGGUAUACGCUCGUAUACGCAAAGUAUAUAUGUUCAUGUAACCCAGACACGCAUUAACAAAAGAUACGUUCCACACGAUACAAAUGUGUUAAUAUUACGCUGCCUAUACGCUAUAGAUGCGCUGCCUACAUAAACCGACCAUCCCAUAGUUGUUUACCUAAAUUGUGGUAUGCUAUUCGUACGCACGUAAACGCUGAAAAAUUCGAGCAUGCUCAAAAAUUUAUACCUCCUCCUGCGUACGACAAAACGUACACUAACUCGAAAAGUAGGCACAUACGACUGAAUUCCAACGAACCCAUUACGCUUGUCCACGUAUGAGCAAUUUAUUUCUUACGUUAAUGCUAUUUUUUAUACGUUUAGGCAAAGUUUAGUUUAUACAUUGGCCUUUAUGCGAAAUACAGUUCAUUAUCGGCUUGAACAGCAUUUAAAUACGGUUCAUUUUUGGGUCAAAUCAUAUCGUCUUGACAUGGGACUGCACCUGCUUCUGAAUUUACGCAGUGCUUCUGUGUGGCAUAGCCUCUCAUCUCCUUGUCUUCCCAGCUGGGAGUGUUAUUCCCAGUAACCGUACGUGUGUCAUACUUGUACGGGUAUGUGAAACGCACUGUAACGUACUUUCAACGUCAUUUCAGCGUAUAAACCGUGAACUUAUCAUGUCCCUUGCGUACGAACAACGUAUGGGUCACACGCUCGAUGAAAAUCUCUAAACGCACAUCACCGUCCAGCUGCAUACGUGAAACGUACACGACGUACGUCUGACGAAGCCCUUCCGUUUGUCUUCAGUCAUUAGAUAUUUAUCGCUUCCACGCGUAGUCAGGGCAAGCAAUGGCGUACACGAGGACCAUUGGCGUGGUAGACUACGUUGUCAUGUGUGCGGUUCUACUUGUGUCCGCCUCUGUAGGGGUCAUCUUCUCACGAACCGGGGGACGCCAAAAGACAACUCGAGAGUACCUGCUGGCGAACAGGGAUAUGGGCUUCUUGCCUGUGGCUCUGUCUAUCAUAGUGUCGUAUAUAUCGGGGAUUAUGAUUCUAGGGUACACAACUGAGAUAUAUCAGCACGGCAUCCAGAUAGUGAUGUUUAAUCUGUUUAACAUCCUGGCCUACGUGAUCUCUGCCUUUACCUUCGUCCCCUUUAUCCGGAAACUGCAGAUAACGAGUUCAUUUGAGUAUCUUGAGCGAAGGUACCGGUCGAAAACAGUACGCCGCCUUGGGUCUCUACUGGGGAUACUGUCCGCGACGCUGUACCUUGGAACUGCGACAAACGCCACAGCCACGGCCGUGGAGGCAGUGACCGACCUCCCAACAUGGGCAUCUAUUGUGAUAGUGUCCACAGUGUGUGUAUUCUAUACAACUUUGGGAGGUAUAAAGGCGGUACUGUGGACCGACGUCUUCCAAUUCGUCGUUAUGGUGACGGCCAUGCUAGCAAUAUUAAUCAAGGGCUACAUAACAAUAGGAGGAAUGUCUCCGGCCUGGGAUGCUAUGGCAGCAGGAGACAGAUUGAAUUUCUUCGUGUUUGACCCGUCUCCGACCACUCGUCACUCAUUCUGGACAAUGCUAAUUGGGACCACCUUUCUGUCCAUUGGGUUCUCUUGUUUCAACCAGGCCAGUGUACAGAGGAUUGGCUCCGUCAAGACGGACAAAGAUGCAGUAAAGGCUGUGCUGAUGAACGCACCAUUUCUGCUGGUCCUUACCGUCCCUGCCGCCCUGUGUGGAAUAGCAGUUUACACACAUUACACUUUGCUGAGGUGUGACCCGUUAAAGAUGAAAUACGUCAAGAAUGAGAACGAGCUACUGGCUUAUUAUGUGAUGGAUGUUCUGCAAGAUUUGCCGGGAGUUCCCGGUCUGUUUAUUGCCGCGCUGAUGUCGGGCGCUCUCAGUUCUAAUUCCUCUUCUCUCAACGGCAUAGCUGCAAUUUUAUGGGAGGAUUUCCUUAAAUAUCGGUAUGGCAAGAUUAGCGACUGGAAGGCGGCGCUUAUAGCCAAAAUAACAGUUAUCGUCUUUGGUGGUAUAGGGACCUUGGUAGCGUUCAUGGUGACUCUAAUAGGUGGAACAAUAUUCCAGAUUGCACUAGGGUUUGAUGGUGCCACCAACGGGCCGUUAUUCGGUCUUUUCUUUCUGGGUAUUCUGUGUCCGUUCGCCAAUUGGCAGGGGGCUCUAACAGGGGGAGCCACCAGCGUUGCCAUUCUACUGUGGUUGAAUAUUGGCAGUCAACUUACAUCAUCCACUUCUUAUAAUCCCAUUCUGCCGUCCGUUCCCAGUGACCGCUGCGAGAUUAACGCCACCGUAAACGAGACUUGGACAUAUGACGUCACGACUGUUUGGAAUGCUCAAAGUAACGUCACAACCCUUGGUGCUGUAAUGAGUGGAACAGGGUCACAGUCUUAUUCAGGAUUAAACGGAUUUUAUGCCACGUCCUAUUUGUACUAUUCACCUCUUGGUAUCCUUACCACAGUAUUGGUUGGGGCUGCUGUCAGCGCCAUCAUCAAUCGUUACACGCGCAGACAGCCGUAUUUUGACAAGAAUUUGGUGCUAAGUCCCUUACGGCGUUUCGUUCACAGCAAAACGAAAUACGCAUACGAGUUGGAAGCGACCCCGCCAACCGAGGACAGUUGUCAGGCAGCGUUAACUGACUCGUAAACUGUCUUGCCCACCACUGGUUGCAUUCGCAACAGCGGGCUAAUAGAUCCCACUUGAAUGCUUGUCGCUUAAUUCUCGCGGGGAAUGUAUUCAGUGUCUACAAGGGGAUUAUGCCGCAAACUGUCAAGUGGGUUGGCCUUAUUUGAUCUCUUACUCCGCGUAUCUAUUUGUUCUGGAUGUGGCCAUUCAUAUAUCUAGCCGACGUGAGGGAGCCAGCGCUAGUCCAACAGAAUGUUGGUAUCAAAUUCAGACAUAUCCCAUUGAUUAAAGACCUACGUAAAUAACAUGACAGAAUCGAUAUGUAGUUUGGGGCAUGUAAAGAGUAACAUUCCGUUUUUUACUACAUUCAAAGCAAUACAAUAUAACAUGUCUCAUUAUGGUUACAUUUUGUUAUGGAAAAUUUGUGCUACAGCUGAAUAUGUAAAAAGUAAUAUUAUAUAAAAAGUACUUUUAAAAGCAAGAUGUUGUAAACAAACAUUGCAACUCUGCGGUCAGAGUUUCAGGUUUGGGGCACGACCAACAGACAACGC